AGGACGUUACAGGAGCCGGUUAUACUCUUGAAGAUCAUGUUUAAAACACCAUGUAACAGGCUGACAGGUCUGAUUGGGGUGAGUUUGAGUCAGAAGCUCACAGCGAACUUAUCCAAAGGUCACCCGAGUUCACGUAGCCUCAUUCAGCUCUGCCGCAGCAACCCAGCAGAAUGGAUUACGUUCCAACACCUGUGCUUCCUUAGACGGCAGUAUGUGAUGAAACAUGGUGGUGAGCUUCUGCAGAGGGCGAGACCGAAGCAGGAGCGUGUCACCUCCAUGCUUGAGGAUCGAGAUGACUCUGAGGUCCAGCAGGUCCACCAGAUCCCAGCCAUCAAACCUGUGCCCAGUGCCCUGAUCCCAGCAGGCGGGGCAGCAGACCUUCAGAACGAGCCUGAGGCUGCCAGGGAGGCCCGCAUGGAGGCGCGGCAGUGGAAGGAGCUCCGCGUGGAUUAUGGAGAUCUGCCUGGGAUCUAUGCCCGUCUCUCCAAAAUCAAACUCACAGCACUGGUGGUUACCACAGCAGCGGCUGGAUACGCAAUGGCUCCAGUGCCCUUUGACCCUGUGUGCUUCUUGUUGGCCUCUAUUGGAACAGGUCUUGCCUCAUGUACAGCAAACUCCAUCAACCAGUACUUCGAGGUGCCCUUUGACUCAAACAUGAAUCGUACAAAAAACCGUCCACUGGUUCGAGGACAGAUAAGCCCUCUCCACGCGGUGUCGUUUGCACUGGCCUGCGGGAUUCCUGGGGUCACUCUGUUGACCUUUGCAGUAAACCCUUUGACAGGUUUCCUGGGGGCCCUGAACAUCUUCCUGUACACCUGCUGCUACACACCCCUUAAACGUCUCAGCAUCACCAACACCUGGGUGGGCGCAGUGGUGGGGGCAAUUCCCCCCAUCAUGGGCUGGACCGCAGCCACGGGUACACUCGACCCCGGUGCUCUCUUGCUGGGGGGGUUCCUGUACUCCUGGCAGUUCCCACAUUUCAACGCUCUGAGCUGGAACCUGCGGGAAGACUACUCACGGGGCGGUUAUAGAAUGAUGUCGGUCACACACCCUGCACUGUGUAAACGGGUUGCUCUGCGGCACAGUCUGGCUCUGAUCGCUCUGCCCGGCCUGGGCCCAGCGCUGGACGUCACCACCUGGACUUUCCCCCUCAUUUCCCUCCCCAUCAACCUGUACAUCAGCUACCUGGCCCUCUGCUUCUAUCGCCACGGUAACCGCCAGAAUGCCCGAAAGCUCUUCUUCUGCAGCCUGUGGCACCUGCCCAUGUUACUGCUCCUGGCUUUGACCUGUAAAAAGUCCAGGACCAGUCAGGAGAACAGCACUGUGCCCCCAGCAGCCGCACCCUUGAGCCUCCAGAGCUAGCCAGGAUACACACACACACGCGCACACACACACAAGGCAGUAUGUAGACUCACUUGCAUCAAACAUUAUCUGUUUCAUAAGGAAUGGAAUGCACACACAUCUCCAGUCACUUACAGUGGCUCUGGGUUCUGCUAGGAGCAGAUGAAAAGAGAAAAGUACAAGACUGAACUGGAGGAUGAGAAUCUGUAAAGAGGGCGAGAAACCCUCCUCAGGUGUCUUCUAAACAAAUCAAUACAGGUCCUGUGUACAUAUUAUAUAUUUAUUUAUACAGCCCCUCCUCCCAGCCUGGGGUCCCAUGUUGAAGUUGGGUUGUGCUAAGGGACAGAAGACUUUACUUUUAUUCAGUAAGCAUUGGUCUGAGUGUGUAGAGGUCCAGUCCAUCACACCCUACAAACAAGAGCGGAGUCUCUUCAGUGUAAAUAGACCAUUCAGGUAAUUCAGCUUUGUUGAUAAUGUCAAUUCCAGUUGUAGAUCUGUGAACCACUCAUACUAAAUAUGUUGUAUUGAUUUGAAUUAUACACAGCUGUGUAAUGCCGCAGCACACUUCUCUGUCCUGACAGGAACAGACAUGACGUACCAAAUCUGCCAAACCAGCCACCAGGGAGAAACUUAACCACAAGCCCUCUCUCCUGUCACACUGUAUAAUCUGACCUCACU